AUGGAGGCAAGGAGCUCCAACCCGCUCCUUUCCAGCCACAAAAGCUCCCAGGUGCAGGCCGUUCUCCAUCCACUCGUCCUGCUCACCAUUUCCGAUUACAUCACACGACACACUCUCCGACAGCAAAAGGGCCCUGUCGUCGGUGCCCUGCUUGGCCAGCAAAACGGCCGUGAAAUCACAAUCGAACAUGCCUUCGAUUGUCACAUGCGAGAAGCGCCCGACGUCCAAGGCGGCUAUUUGCUAGACGCCUCCAAGUUUGGCGCCAGAUUAGAGCAAAGCUGGUACACCCUCCUGCCGCUCACCGGCCCCACGCCCGUGAUCCUCCCAAUCCAGAGCCAGAUCCUCCAAGGAUGGAACGAGUCCGCCGUGCUUCUAGGCUUCCACCCGGAGGAGGUCCUGAACCACUCUGUCGGCGGCAAGCUUCCCCUCACCAUCUACGAAAGCAACUAUGAAGUCGACGACCAGAAGACUGCCGACCAGGAUGGUGCGGACAAGAAGAUGGAAGACGGCGACGCGACGCUGAAGCUCAAGUUCACUGAAGUGCCGUACUCCGUCGAGACCGACGAGACCGAAAUGAUCAGCAUGAACUACGUAGCCGCCGGCGGGGCCAACGCCACAGCUGCAUCUGCUCCAACGUCUGCUGCUGCCAAGGACGACAAACAAGGAUGGUGCAUCGAGGCAACGAGCAAGGGCAAACGACGACUGGUCGAGCCAGAGGGCUAUGAAACCGACACCCUAGACGAGACCGGAAUUUCGCAUCUCACGAGGGAAGAGGAAGAAAUGGUCGCUUCGCUGACGGCCAAAGCAAACGCCAUCAAGAUGCUCCAUUCGCGCGUCCGCCUCCUCACCACCUACCUGGAGCGCCUGCCCUCGUGCCCCGUCACUGGCCUGCCGACAUGCACCGACACAUUGGAAUCAGACUACACCACCCCGUCACUACCUAUUCUUCGACAAAUACAAGCCCUCGUCAACCGAUUUGAUCUUGUCAUUCCCUCAAACAACGAAGCUUUUGACAGGGAAAUGCUCCAAGAAACGAAUAACGCCAAGCUCAUCGAUCUCCUAAGCAGCAUCAUGCAAGGCGUGCACGGAGUUAGAGACGUGAACAAAAAAUUCCACAUUAUAGAGUCGGCCAAGACGGCGGGGCGAAGGGGCAUGACGGAGGGUUAUCUGGCCUCGCCGGGAUUUAACAUGCCCGGAGCGGGUGACCUGUUAAUAUAA